AUGAGGGAUAUCGUCACCCUGCCCGCCGACAAGGGGCGCUCGACGGUUGUCAUGGACAAGACCGAGUACGCGGCGGAACUGGAAGGUCUGUUGGAGGACGAAGUUGCCUAUAGACUUUUGGCUACUGGAGAGUUCAAGAAGCACGUUAACAAUGUAAACAAGGCGAUAGACAAGUUAAAGAAGGCAGGAAGCGCUGACCGCAAGAGCCACCGAUGCCGCCAUGGCGGGCUUUUACGGGCUGCCAAAAGUGCAUAAACCGGGAGUACCUCUACGCCCCAUAGUCUUAUUAUGCGGCACCCCGACCUUUGGACUGUCGAAAUGGCUUUACCAACGAUUCCGUUUCCUGACCGAGGAUUCCGAAUGGACGGUGAAAUCGGUUGAGCAGUUUUUAAGGAGUAUAAGACAUCAAGAAAUAGUGCCAGACGAGAUGCUGGUAUCGUUUGAUGUGGUCUCCUUAUUCACCUCCAUUCCAACCGAUCUUGCCAUCAGCACCAUUGACGGGCUUCUUCAGGAUAAGUACGAUGAAACUGAUCAACGGCUUAAACGAACGGACGUCAUCGAACUCCUGGAAUUGUGCCUUAGAACUUUGUUAACUUUCAAGAACCGGGUUUACGAACAAAAGAAGGGAACACCUAUGGGCUCCCCGCUGUCUGGACUGAUUGCCGAGGCUGUUCUGUAGAGGCUUGAGCGACUGGUUUUCCGUUCGUACUCCCAAAAAUUCUGGGCCAGAUACGUCGACGACACAUUUGUCGUAAUCAAGAGGAACGACGUUCAAGACUUCAAAGUCUUGUUGAACUCCAUAUUCCCUGACAUCCAAUUUACAAUGGAAGAGGAGGACAACAACCAAUUGCCCUUCCUGGACGUAAACGUCACAAGGAUGGCUAAUGGGGGGAUCAGAACUACGGUAUACCGAAAGGCAACGAAUACUAGACGCAUCCUCCAAUUCUGAAGUAACCACCCCAUUGGUCACAAACGCAGUUGUGUCAGAGCUCUUUUCCAACGAGUUCAAACACACUGUAAUGACAACGACGGGAGAAGGGAGGAAGUGAAGUAUCUACAUUCCCUAUUCACAGUCAAUGGUUACCCACGAUCCUUCAUACGUGAGUGCCGAAGAGAAUUUAACCGCGAACGACCUAACGAUGAGAAGCCGAAGUUCUGGCUCGCAAUCCCCUACAUGAGGAAUGUUUCUGAGGCGACAGAAAGAAUCCUGAGCCCCUUUGGGAUUGGCGUGGCCCAAAAACCAGAAUCCACUAUCAGGCAGCAGAUAAUGAGGCCCAAAGACCAGCUACCUGCAACGGAACAAUCAGCAGUGGUCUACAGCAUACCUUGCCAGGAUUGCAGUGCAAGGUAUGUUGGUGAAACGGGCAAACGCUUCUGCACAAGAUUGCACGAGCACCAGCUUGCAGUCAACCGCGAGGAUAAGCUGUCACUGGUAUAUGGCCACAUACAACAGAAGCACAGUUUCGCCUUUGGGGAGGCAAGCGUCAUCGGCCGAGCCAGCGACAAGAUGGCCAGACUGGUUCUCGAAAGUUGGUCCUCAGUUGACACAAUCAACAGAGCCAUUGAUCUUCAUCCGGUCUACCAGGCACUUCGUACGAGGCUCCAGUCAGUGCGGACGGGGCCUACAGCACGGGCGAACAAAUCGCGGCUCUCUCAACAGUUCUCACCCUCACAGCAGGGGGAGUGA